AUGUCAGCCGUGAGACAAUUAUGGGCCCUUUUCCAGAAGGACGUAUGCAUUCGGAAGCUCAAGAGACAUCCCGUCGCGACCCUGAUUGAAUUCAUGAUCCCGAUCGCCCUCGUGGUUGUCCUGCAGAGUGCGAGAGGGAAAAUACCUCCGAUUUUCGCCAAUCAAACCAGUGGUUUCUGGACCGAAGCACAGUAUCAUGAGGCGCUCGGACCGUACGAGGGAAAAUAUAAGCUAUACGGUUCAGACAUGGUCGGAGUUCUGUAUGCUCCAGAGAACGAUUAUUCGGACUCAAUCGUCAAGAAUGCCUUCUUGGCCCAGAAUUCGAAUGCCAUCAAGCGAUUUCCAUCUCAAUCUGCCCUGGAGAAGUACCUAUCCGGGAAUGAAACCGAGACGGUCAUGGCCAUCUAUUUCCCCGACACUCCUGCUCCGGCAGAGCUACGAUAUACCUUGCGUUUCCCUCCGUUGCCUAGCAGUUUGAGCCAGAGCCCCUUGGCUCGAUUCCUCUCCAUGACCUCUCUCCAGGAAACGCAUAGAGAGGCGUCCGUCAUGAUUCGAAUAUUUAGAGAACACGUCAGAUAUUUCAUGCCAGACGCGAAUAAGUUCUUCAUGCCGAUCCUGCAACCGUUCCCCUCGGGAAGGACUUAUGUUCCCCCGAAAUCAUCGAAAGUUCAACAGAUGACUUAUCACGCCGUUCUCACGCUGGGAACCCUAGGCUAUAUGGGAUUCUUUGUGAACUUCUGCAAGAACAUUAUCGAAGACAAAGAGAGCCGCAUCAGGGAAUUGAUGCGCAUGAUGGGUCUCUCUGACACAGUCUAUUGGACUAGCGCGAUGUGCGUUGGUCUCGGAAUCGGACUGCCCCUCUGCAUGAUCUCGACCUACCAGCUCUGCGGCGGCUUCAAUCAGAUUCCGUCAUUCGACACUUCCGCUCCGACAUUGGUCCUGACCAUACUGCUUUUCUUCGUGAUUGGAACACUCUUAGUCGUGCUACUGGUAACUGUCAUCUGCCCAACAGAUAUAUUUUAUGGCUAUUCCAAUCAUUGCGAGAAACAGUGA